AUGGCACCUUUCUUUAACUCUGCCUCUUGUUUCACAGGCAAGAAGAGAAACCCUGGGCUGAAAAUUCCUAAAGAAGCAUUUGAGCAACCACAGACAAGCUCCACGCCCCCCAGAGAUCUGGACUCCAAAGCCUGCAUCUCUAUUGGUGAGGAGAACUUUGAGGUGAAGGCCGAUGACCUGGAGCCCAUCUCGGAGCUGGGCCGAGGCGCGUACGGGGUGGUGGAGAAGAUGCGGCACGUGCCCAGCGGGCAGAUCAUGGCAGUGAAGCGGAUCCGAGCCACGGUGAACAGCCAGGAGCAGAAGAGGCUGCUGAUGGACCUGGAUAUCUCCAUGAGGACAGUGGAUUGUCCCUUCACUGUCACCUUUUAUGGGGCUCUCUUCAGAGAGGGAGAUGUGUGGAUCUGCAUGGAGCUGAUGGAUACCUCACUGGACAAAUUCUACAAACAUGUCAUUGACAAAGGCCUGACGAUUCCCGAGGACAUCCUGGGGAAAAUCGCAGUCUCUAUUGUGAAAGCACUAGAACAUCUCCACAGUAAGCUCUCCGUGAUCCACCGAGAUGUAAAGCCCUCUAACGUGUUGAUCAAUACGCAGGGGCAGGUGAAAAUGUGCGAUUUUGGCAUUAGCGGGUACCUCGUGGACUCUGUUGCUAAAACCAUGGAUGCAGGAUGCAAACCCUACAUGGCUCCCGAGAGAAUUAACCCGGAGCUGAACCAGAAGGGAUACAGCGUCAAAUCCGACAUCUGGAGCCUGGGCAUCACCAUGAUCGAGCUGGCCAUCCUGCGCUUCCCCUACGACUCCUGGGGGACGCCCUUCCAGCAGCUCAAGCAGGUGGUGGAGGAGCCGUCGCCGCAGCUGCCGCCGGAGAGGUUCUCAGCAGAGUUCGUCGAUUUUACCUCGCAAUGCUUGAAGAAGAAUUCCAAAGAACGGCCAACAUACCCAGAGCUUAUGCAACAUCCUUUCUUCACCCUGCACGAAUCCAAAGAGACAGACGUCGCCUCUUUUGUCAAGCUCAUCCUGGGAGACUGAGAACUGGACUUGUGAAAGAAUUGCCCUUCUGUGGACUGGUGGGUGCAGGGGAGGGGCACGUGGCAGGACUUGUCAUGGAAGCACCAACAGAAAGUCGCCGUGUUUUGUUUUGUUUUGUUUUUAUUCUGAGAAACCCCCGCCUCGCCCGAGUUUUUUUAAAGGGUUCUUUGGUAUCCAUAGUGACAUAGAACGAGCUGGUUAGUGGAAUGAAUUUUAAUAAGGUUGGUAACCUUAAAACAAAAACAAAACAACAAAAAAAAAGUCUUUUUUGAAAGAGUGAUUUACAUAUUUAAUGACAGUCGAAGUUCCUCUUCCUAACUUGCUCCUCAUCCCCCUUCCCUUGCCCUUGAACCAGAAUUUGCUUUGUCAUGGUAAUAGGUGCUAUGGUAGUCAUGAAGUUGUAUGUAGAUUUAUAUUUUGUCCCUUCCAUUAUUUUAAUAUUUAUGUUAAGUGCUUGAUGGAAUAGAUUUCUGUUUUAUAUGAGGAUGAGUGCGUGGUGAUGAUGAUGAUGAUGCAGCAAAAUGAGGCCACAGCAAGCAGCACUUGUAGGGCUUUGCUGGGGAAAAGGUGUCUGAGGAGAGGAGAGUCUGAGAAGAGGAGAGGAGAAGAGAGGAGAGAGGAGAGCAGAAGUGUCUCUGUUGUGGAAUAUAUUUAAUGUGCAUCAUAAAAGGAAUUGACAAGCAAGACUUGCAGCUCAGCUGCUCGAGCUGGGUCAGGGGGAGGCCCCAGUGUCCCCUGUGGUCACCUCUCGUCCCACCCUGCUCUGAGGCUGGGCCAGCCCUGUCCCACAGCCCUGCUCUGCUGGAGGAGGUCUGGGACAAAAGGCCCAGAGGGAAGGAAGGUGUCAGAGAAGUUGCACAAGGAGGAGGAGGCUGCCCUGGUCAGUGCCCCUGCCCAGCAGCGCUGCAGUGCCCGAGGCUCCCUUGGGCUGGGGAUGAGCUGCUCUGGGCUCUGAGGGUGUUCCUCCCCUUCUUGGGAUGGGACAGGAUCACAGCCUGACACCCAGGAAAGAUGGGCUGGUUGAGAGUUGGUUUGCAGGGCUGGUGGCACUGCACUGGCAGCAGUCCCUCCAUGCUUGCCCGCAGAGUGUGGCAGUGCCAGCACUGCCAGGAGCCCGUGCUGGGCUGUGCUGGGCUGUGUCCA